AUGUAUCGGACGGAAUACGUCAUACCCUGGGUUCAGAUGCGAGCGAGGGAGGAGUACAUUCUAAAAGCAUCUAGGCAAUAUCCCGUGUUGGAUCCGUUCGCUCUUCGAAAUUCGAUCACGUAUUUUAACAACAACAAAGAAGACAGCGCAAAAUCGGCGUAUGAGCGUCUUCAUAGCGUAGAUUUCGAUCUUUCCAAGCCACGAUGUGAUCGUACCAAGCCUAGCCUUUAUUGGUUGGAAAUCUCAAAGGAAAACCAAGGCCACAAGGUCCCGAUGACUACUAAUCUGUGGUACGGUCGACCGAACAGAGUUCAAGUCGAUUUUCCUGGGACUAAAUUUAAUCGAUCGAGCAAAAUGCAAGAGUUCUACAUUCGCUGUGGUUUUAGUCUAGUUAGCGGCGAGGAAAACGGAUCGUCCUGUUAG